GGAGCCCGGCGAGGGCGCCGGCGGCUUUUGCAGGCCCAGGUGCGGUCGAGGCCUGAGCUGGCUCGCCAUGCCGAACCGCAGGGCCAGCCGUAAUGCCUACUACUUCUUCGUACAGGAGAAGAUUCCAGAACUGCGCAGGCGAGGUCUGCCUGUGGCCCGAGUGCCAGACGCCAUCCCCUACUGCUCGGCCGACUGGGCGCUCCUAAGGGAGGAGGAGAAGGAAAAAUACGCAGAGAUGGCUCGCGAGUGGAAGGCUGCCCAAGGGAAGGACGCUGGCCCUUUGGAGAAGCAGAAAGCGAAUGUUUCCGUGCCACUGAGGCGGCCGGGCAUGCUCGUCCCGAGGCAGACCGUCUCACCCCCUGAUAUGUCAAGUUUGUCUCUGAAAAGUGAUCAAGCUCUCCUUGGAAGCAUUUUUUAUUUUUUAAAUAUUUUUAGCCAUGGUGAGCUCCCUCCUCAUUGUGAACAGCGCUUCCUCCCUUGUGAAAUCGGCUGUAUUAAAUAUUCUCUCCAAGAAGGGAUUAUGGCAGAUUUCCACAGUUUUAUAAGUCCGGGUGAAAUUCCACGAGGAUUCCGAUUUCAUUGUCAGGCUGCAAGUGAUUCUAGUCAUAAGAUUCCUAUUUCAAACUUUGAAUUUGGGUGUGACCAAGCAACUGUUUUAAAAAGUCUCUAUAGGUUUAUUCACCCAAACUCAGGGAACUGGCCACCCAUUUACUGCAAGUCUGAUGACAGAGCCAGGGUCAACUGGUGUUUGAAGCAUAUGGCAAAGACAUCAGAAAUAAGGCAGAAUCUGGAACUUCUCACUGUAGAGGACCUCGUAGUGGGGAUCUACCAGAAGAAAUUCCUCAAGGAGCCCUCCAAAACCUGGGUUCGAAGCCUCCUAGAUGUGGCCAUGUGGGAUUAUUCUAGCAACACAAGGUGCAAGUGGCAUGAAGAAAACGAUAUUCUCUUCUGUGCAUUAGCUGUUUGCAAGAAGGUUGCGUACUGCAUCAGUAAUUCUCUGGCCACUCUCUUUGGAAUUCAGCUCACAGGUGCUCAUGUACCACUGCAAGAUUAUGAGACCAGCAAUACUGUGACUCCCAAAAUGGUGGUAUUGGAUGCAGGACGUUUUCAGAAGCUAAGGGUUGAGAGUCCAGGAUUCUCUCAUUUCAACUCUUCUAAUCAGGAUCAAAGAUCUCGCACACCCACUGGUGAUUACCCAUCCGGGGUGAGAAUUGCUGGCCAAAACAACAGUGUUCGGGGAAGAGGGAUCACCCGCUUGCUAGAGAGCAUUUCCAGUUCCUCCAGCAAUAUCCACAAAUUCUCCAACUGUGAGACUUCACUCUCACCUUACAUGUCCCAAAAAGAUGGAUGCAAAUCUUUCUCUUCCUUAUCUUAAUGAUGGUACAUUUUUCAAUUUCUCGAAAAACAGGCCCAACUUCCCCUUCUAACAUCACAUCAAUGAUAAAUGGCACUAAUGUAAAAACACGUAAUUUGUAAAGGAAACACUGUUUCAUAGAUUAAAAGUAAUUGUGGUUGGAGAAGAUCUUGGCAUUUCUGCUUUCUUUUCUUGAGGGCUUUUUUUUCUGACUGUGUGUUAGGUGUGCCAUUAAAGUCCCAUACAAAGCUGGUAUUGUCAGAAUUGUGCUUUUGAGAAAGUUA